AUGCCACCUAGGCUUCCCAGGUUUCUCCGUUUUCCCUUAUGUUGGAGUCUGCCGCCCGAUCUCGUCAGAUCUGGCCAUGCGGUCCGUCCUUUCUUUGGUCUCCUCAUACUCGUAAUAACUAGUUCGUUUUUCCUCACUCGUGUCUUUUGCUCUGUUCCGGAUGCCCUCAGUUCGCUGGUCGUUCUUCACUCAGCCUGCUAUCUUCCCUCCACAAGUGGCCGGCAUGAGGGGCACUCCUGUAUAAUCACCACCAAGAUGGGCUCCAGUGGCGUGCAAGCCUCACAUGGGUGGCUGGAUACCCUCAAGGCUUUGCUCUUCCCGUGCUCCGACAGCAAGGACCCUCGAAAAGAGAAGUACUACCAGGUCUACUAUGACCAACCUGAACCCACGCCGCCGCCCCGCGCUCAGAGGCCGCGGGCGAUGUCCAUGGGAAAGGUGCGGAAGGAGAGCAAGAGGGCCGCAGCAAGGCAACCACACAUGGGCUGGCUCGACCGGAAUUUCCGCGCUGGCAAGAGGAAAGCACCUGGGCCUCUGAUAUCGGACCCCUUCAACUUUCAGCAUACCGGGACGGGGGCCGUCAACUUCAUGGAGUCGGCAGCAGACCUUCCUCGGUCGGCCCCAGCCUUCCGGCCCCUCGAGCUCAGCAUCUACCGGGCGAACGACCAAAUAUCACCGUUGAUGCCCUAUUUCACGCGAAACAUCACUCCUUCACCACCGCCGCGGGCUCUGACCAGGGACACAUUCGACGAGGAUGCCAGCACGCUCGCGCAUUCCAGGAGCUAUUCAUCACAGUCGUUUUCCAUCCCGAGGCGCCCAGUAAACGAUGUGGCAUCAUUCACGACUGGCACUACCAGCGGCACUACCAGCAGCACUGGGGACAGUCCUCCGAGGAUACCACCACGGGCUCGCACGCGACCCCGAGCUUACACCUCGCCGAGCGUGGAGGCCAUCGUGGAGCGUAUUGCAGGCGCGAUGAUCGAGAAGGAAAGGCUCGAGGAGGAGAUUGAGUCGGUCAAGGAGCGACAGAGCUUCUGCCUGAGCCGGCCGUCGUCUCUGUACGGCCUAGCUGAUGACGGAGAAGAGCCCAUGCCUCCUGUCCCGCUCAUGCCGCCUUCCGGGCCAUCAUUCGCGGAACGCCUGAGCAUCGACCGCCCCCGGACGGCACCUUCGACGCGAUCUACCUUUGAGAUCGAUUCUGCCUUCCCUCCUCCCCCACCACCACAGAACCCGAACCGCACUCGGAGUACCGAUGACUCGAGAGCGCAGCAUGCUCAAACCGCGGCACCAACCACAACCACGGCACCACCUCGACCCGUGGCCGCGUCCGCAUUCAACUCACACCCACCAUGGCGCAGCCCGCAGAUCAUCGACAACAGCGUUGACAUCGGCGUACCCCUGGCACCACCUCUACCUCUGAUCCUCCGGCCCCCGCUGCGCAAGAAGAAGUCGUUCUCGCGCGUCUCGAGCUGGCUGUUCCCCGCGGGCGUGGAAGACCGGGAACGGGUGCCGUCGCCUCAGCACAGGCGCGAGGUUUCGCUUGAGAGCGUGACCAAUGCGCCGCGCGCACUUACUGACCGCGACGGGUUCUACCAGACCCUGCCGCCCUCUGCCGUGUUCUCCGGGCGCAGGAGCAGCUUUGGCUCCAUGUCAGACAUCACACGGAGCCAGACACACUCGGUGUACUCGACCGACGAGGACCCGUUCGUCGGGCCUGGCACGGGCACGGCGACGUCCAACUGGAGCCCAGGGAGCACACCACCCGAGCACGCACGGAGAAAGGACAGCUCGUCCACCUCUGGUUACAUGAGCGGCCAUUCGGCGAGCUUGAGCCUGUCGCGGACUGGGACCUUUGGCAGCCGUGACAGACCCGUUGACGGGGUAGUCAUGUCAGGCCCACGGCCCACGUCGGUUGGAGUGGCCUUCUAG